AUGGCACACCUAAAAUCAUACCUACAACAGCUCGAGAAAGACUUUACCAUUGACACGGCAAAGCUCAAAUAUGUCACCAAUCACUUUGUUAAAGAAUUGGAAAAAGGUCUUAGCGUUGAAGGCGGAAGUAUUCCUAUGAUCCCAACUCGGGUUAUGAACUACCCAACAGGCGAAGAGAAAGGAAAAUACUUGGUGCUAGACCUCGGCGGCACAAACAUCCGGGUCUACUCGAUUGAGCUCACUGGAGAAAAGUCUGGCUUCAAGGUCGACCAAGUGCAGCACAAACUUCCUAAUGAGCUUAAGACUGGAAAUGCCGAUCAGCUUUGGGGUUUUGUCACAGAGAUUCUGGAAUCCUUCUUAAAGAAGGCUGGCUUCGACCUCAGUGUCACCACAGAUUUGAGUUUUAUCUUCUCAUUUCCCACGACACAGCGAACAAUCGACGAGGGAAUUUUGCAAAGAUGGACAAAGGGAUUUAACAUCGCCGGCUGUGAAGGUCAAGAUACGGCUGAAGCGCUAAGAAAGGCCAUCGCCAAGCGGAAUCUCCCACUCAGAGUCAGCGUGGUGACAAACGACACAACCGCAACGAUGAUUGCUUCAGCAUACCUCAACUCCGACACUGCCAUUGGCUGCGUCUUUGGAACAGGCUGCAACGGUGCCUACAUCGAGAGGAGCCCGGCGAUCUACAAACUCGCAUCCGAGAACCUUCCUGCAGACAGUAUCAUGGCGAUUAACUGUGAAUGGGGUGCGUUUGACAACGAGCAUGCCGUGCUGCCUCUUACGUCUUUCGAUAUUGCUAUUGACGAAGCCUCUCCCCGAAAAGGACAGCAGGCGUUUGAGAAGAUGGUUGCGGGUCUGUAUCUGGGUGAAUUGUUUCGCUUGAUCAUACUUGAUGUCCACAAGCAGAACCCAGACACGUUUUUCAAGGGUCAGAAGAUUGAGAAGUUGCAAGAGCCUUAUUUCAUGGACUCUUCAUUUCUCUCAGCUAUCGAAGAGGACACAUCUGAUCAUCUUAAAGACGCCCUCGACAUGACCGUCUCAACACUCGGCGUGUCGCCCACAUACGAGGAGCUCAAAUUUAUGAAAGAGGCUGCGACUCUCAUUACUAUCCGCGCAGCUCGCCUAUCAGCUUCCGGUGUUGGAGCAAUUUGCAAGAAGAGAGAUCUUGUGAGAUGCCACGUGGGCGUCGAGGGCUCGUUGUUUGAGAAGCAUCCUCAUUUCAAGCGUGAAUUGUCAAAGGCUUUAGGUGAGAUUUUGGACUGGGAUGACAUGCCUAAGUCUAGCAAGGAGAAUGUUGAGUUUAUGCUUUCGCCUGGUAGUGGAGUUGGAGCGGCUGUUAUUGCCUCGACUCUAAAGCGUAACUAA